CUCUGUGAGUACACUGAUGUAUCACGACCUUAUUUAACCUCUUCGUGCUGUCAUUCUAAAUUUACUCUUUGCACUGCACAGUGGAAAUAAAUACAAAGUAGAGGACAGAAAAAAGAGCAAAACAUCCAAGUGCAGGGAUUGGUUGAGCGAUGAUUUCAGAUAGCUGCAAUCAUGAGUGCAACUAGGAGGAUGCAUAGCCUUGCCAGACAACUGCAUCAUCAUCACCACUGGAAAUCCAGAUAUGCUCGCAAUGCCAUAUACUCACAGGUUCUUCCAAGCCACUACAUCCUUUCUGCCAAUCUCAACUAUAUAGUUUCACUACCUCACACAAGAAACUACAGUGUUCACAGUACACAUGCUAGUAGGACAUAUUUUCAGACAAGGUUUGGAAGGCUUGAAUUAUCAGCUAACCCUUCUGUGACUUUUCAUAGACCAUUUCAUAGGAGUGUCUGUCUCCAUAAAGAUGAAUCAAAGGUGGAGAAGACUGUUAAAUCUCUAAAGAAACAACCUGCCACAAAGCAAGGCAGCAGUGUUGCUGUUCCUAAGAAGUCGCUAUGGACACGGUUUGUGGAUGUGCUCAAACAUUAUUAUCAUGGAUUCAAACUACUUAUGUAUGACGUCAGGAUUUGUUCCAGACUUGUUUGGAGAAUAAUGAAUGGGAAAAGUUUGACUAGGAGGGAGAGGAGACAGCUUGUCAGAACCUCCUCAGAUUUAUUCCGUAUGGUACCAUUUCUGGUUUUCAUCAUUGUACCUUUUAUGGAAUUCUUUCUGCCAGUGGCACUCAAAUUGUUCCCCAACAUGUUGCCAAGCACAUUUGAAGAGGAAGACAAAAAGCAAGAGAAGAUGAGGAAGAAGUUAAAAGUGAAACUUGAGAUGGCCAAGUUUCUGCAAGAUACCAUAGAAGAAACUGCUCUUACAAAGAAAAAAUCAACUGGAGAGACCCUUCAUAAAUUCCAGCAGUUUAUUAAAAAGAUUAGAAACAGUGAAGAAAUGGCAACAAAUGAAGAAAUCAAGACAUUCUCCAAACUGUUUGAAGAUGAGAUUACUCUAGAUAAUCUACCACGAGGGCAGCUAAUUGCUUUAUGUAAACUGUUAGAACUGCCUGCUGUGGGGACAAACAAUGUCCUAAGGUUUCAGCUGAGUAUGAGACUUCGCUAUCUCAAGGCAGAUGAUAAGUUAAUAGAAAAAGAAGGUGUUGAUAGUUUGACAGUGCCAGAACUCCAGUCAGCUUGCCGCUCCAGAGGAAUGAAGGCUAUAGGUAUAUCUGAGAAAAGGCUGCAGUCCCAGCUGCGGCAGUGGUUAGACCUUCACCUCCAUGAUGAAAUCCCAUCAUCUCUGUUGCUGUUGUCCAGAGCUCUCUAUCUGCCAUCAGACAAGGCAGAGACUGGCAUUCAGGACUCCAUUGGACGUUUACCACAGAGCAUUGCUGAGGAUGCCAAGAUCAAGUUGGCAGAGAUGGAGGGGGAGCAGGUGGAUAACAGAACCAAACUGGAGUUGAUCAUGCAGGAAGAGGAGGCCCUCAAGAAAGAAGAAGCUGAAAGAUUAGCAGCAGAAAAAGAGGCUGUAAAAACUGCAGUUAAAGAGGAGCCAAGCAAACCUUUAGAAAUGGACCUUGACAGUGUUCAGAAAAUGCAGGAACUAGCCAUGGAAGGAGAAACACAUGCUGAAGAAGACAUUCACCUAGAAAAGGCAAAACACAGAGAAGAACAGGAAAUUCCAGGAGAAUACUUAGAACACUUAGAGGCUGCCUUGGAAGACAUUGUGGAGGAAAAGAAAAAGAUCGUUGCCUAUGAAAAAGAAGAGCUGGAGACUCUGCGAAAAGAUGUUUCAGAAUAUGCCGAGGAUUUAGAAGAUUUAAGGGACAUUGUUGUUGCCACUGGAGGUCAGGAGACAGACUAUUCUGAGUCCAAGUCUUCGAGGCGACUUCGCAAGAAAGUGGACCAGAUCAUCACUGGCAUGGACGACAUCCUAGAGAAACUGCACAAAGAGAAGCAGGAGCAGCUAAUUGAUCUGGAAGUUAAAGAAGUGACAAUGAAGAGGAGUGAAGAGAUACAGCAUGAUGAGGAGAAGAGAGAGGCACUGCAGGAAUCUAUUACUGAGAAAAAAGAAAACAUCAUAGACAUAAAUGAGUUAAUGCUGGCUAUAAGGCGGCUGCAGAAAAUUCCAGAUGAUACUAAAAUGCAACAGAUUGAGCAGAUUGCACAUGAGUUGGAUGAAAACAAUGAUGGCAGGAUUGAAGUGGAACAUGUCCUGAAGGUUCUUGAGUUGAUUGGGCAAGAAAACGUGAAGUUAAAUUCCGCACAGAUGAAAGACAUAAUUUCUCUUGUUAAAAAUGAACAUGUAUUAGAGGAGGAAGAGAGACAAAAAGAAAUUGAUGAAAAACAACAGAAGAAAAGGUCAGAGGCUAUUUGAAGAGGGACAGAAAGACAUUGGCAUGGUUUCAUCCACUUACCAGUCUACCCUGUACAUCAGUCUCAGUUUUUUUAUGUGGAAGAUUAUAUUCUAUGAUCAAAAUGCUUAAUUGUCAUACCAGAAAUCUUUUUUGUGGAGGCAGAUUAAAGAUAUGAGGAAUAUGAUUUUAAUAGAGAAAUAUACAUAAGAAGAAAAAAAAUACAUAUAAUACUGACCUUAAUUACAAUAUAACAGGACAAGGAACCAGCAUUGCAAUUGAUACCAGUGAUCUUCAACGAAGCAGGGAAAUGAGUGUCCAUGACCCAUGGCCAAUGAAUGAGCUGGUCAUGUAACAAGUCAGACAGCUAAGUAUUUGCUAGAGCAACUGCCAUUUAUGUAAAGAGGAAAAUGCAGAAUGUCAAGUCCAAGGGUCUUGAUUCAGGGACUCCAAGUAAAAAUUUUUUUGUUAGAUUUUGUAGGUUGAGAAAGACGAGAUCUACAAAGAAUUGUAAAAUAUUGUGCUCUCUACCCACAUGUAUGUGUUUAAUGAUUGGAAUGCUAUGCACCUGCUGUUAUGUGUAAUAUUGAGUAUUUUUUUUUUUUUUUUUUUUCAUUUUUAUUUUGUCAAAUUUUAUAAUGCGAUAGUGGGAACAAUGCCUUGAAAAUUAUAUUAUCUUCGUUUGAGUAUUAAAUUCUUAGAUUAAAAUUCCAAUAGAUGAACAGCAAUUUGGCAGGUGCAUAUUAUCUGCUUUGUAUUAUUACAAUGAUAACUUAUGCUGAAGCUUAACUGUGAUUGUAAAGAAGUUGAGGCUGUGUUAUUUAUGCUUUGAUUACUUUGUGAAUGAUACAUGUAUAUAUAGAUUUAUAGAUAUGUUAAAUAUUUUAUUUAUAUAAGAAGUCAAGUGUACACCACUAGUUUAUGCUUUUGCCUAGUCUUGUGUUUGACAUGCAAGAAUGGAAGGGGGGUUUAGGACUUCGUCUCCUACUUCUGGAAAGUGGAGGACUGCUCCCAACCUUUAGCUUGCAUUGUCUUCACCUGCUUCAUAGUGGAUGUCCAGGGUAGUGAUGAUUCAGAGAAAUUAAUGUUUAAUGCCUAAAUUGGCAUCUCCAUUGUGACAUGUACAUUCUCUAACUGGAAAAUAAUCAGACCUUUGAAACGAAAUUUGAAACUUAAUAACUAGAAUUUCUGUCAUUUUUGAAUGUAUAUUUUAUUUGAUUAAAACAUUCUUAUCAUUCAGACAUUUGCAUCAAGCAAAUAUAUACAAAACAUGGUAUAUGCUACAAUAAAAACAUUUCAGAUCAAAAAGGGAGACCAGCCCAUUGAAGUGCAUCAGUUCAGUUAUAAUGUUUUAAAUGCUUGUACCAGUUACUCUUCUAUAAAAUAAGACUUGGACGGAGAUAAUAAAAGUAAAAUCUGGAUACAAUCUGUAAAUAUUAAGCUAGUUGUUCUUUUUUUGGAUGGCAAUUUUCGUCUGGAUGACUGGUUUCUUCAAGCUCCCAGUGUGUGUGAGAAAGGACAGAAAAAUUACUGUUUGCCACUUGGAACAUUAGCCAGCAUAAAACAUAAAAAGAAAUAAAGUUCUGGUCAUUUCAAAAGUU